AUGGGCAGUGAGGAGCCGUCUCCGCGACAGCUACCGUCCGGGUCCUUUCGACCUACCAGCAACCUCGAAGCACGCGGGUCGACCGACAAUGGUUGGACACCCAACUACCAGCCGAGACAGGAGAAUGCUUCGAGGGGCAUGAUGAACGGGAAUGGACCAGAUCAUAAUCAUAUGAACGACCAUACGAAUGGCUACCGCCCAGAUCCUCCGGGGUCCGCGCCACGGGGCCAGAGAUUGGCCGCAUGGGAACAUGAGGCGGCAAUCCGUCAACGACCUCCGUUCGCAGACAUGCGCAGCGAAAGCCAAUACACCUCUCAGUCUGGACGACGCAGGGCCAACAGUGACGGUCCGCCUUCGAUCUUGUCCCGGGAUAAGAAUGACAGCCAUCUGUCACCCGAUGACAGACUAGCUCAUAUCCGGCAUGGGUGGGACAGCGAGCAAUACUCGGACGAGUACUUGUCCCUGCUCAACGACACCUUCUAUAUGUACUACACCGAGAAGCGCCAUGAGAGCAGCGGUAAUCCAUCGGAAGACUCGAAACAAUAUCCAAACAGUGACUGGCGCAUGAAAGAUAGAAUGAAGACUGUGUCUGCAGCACUGGCGCUCUGCUUGAAUAUUGGCGUUGACCCUCCAGAUGUCAUCAAGACAAGUCCCACCGCGAAGCUCGAGGCGUGGCUCGACCCGUCUGGCAGCAACGGCGGUUCGACGAAGAUGAUGGAGCAGAUCGGCAAACGAUUACAGGAACAGUACGAGACAUUGAGCUUGAGGACACGCUACAAGCAGUACCUUGAUCCUGCAAUUGAGGAAACUAAGCGCUUCUGUGUCUCACUAAGACGAAACGCCAAGGACGAGAGAGUCCUCUUUCAUUACAAUGGUCAUGGCGUUCCGCUGCCCACUGCCUCCGGCGAACUUUGGGUGUUCAACAAGAAUUACACGCAGUACAUUCCGAUCGGCGUCUACGAUCUCCAAUCAUGGCUAGCCGGGCCGUCUCUCUUUGUGUACGAUGUAUCGCACGCUGGCAACAUCUUGCACAACUUCGAUACAUUCAUCGUCAAACAUGAAAAGGAGAAUGAGGAGAUCCGUAAGAGAGAUCCCCAAGCAGCGAUUCAGAACUACAGCGACUGUAUUCAACUUGCUGCUUGUGGUCGAAAUGAGAUGCUACCCACCAACCCAGACCUGCCGGCGGAUCUCUUCACAUGCUGUCUGACUACGCCUAUUGAUAUCGCAUUAAGGUGGUUCGUUCUGCAGAACCCAUUGCCGACGAAUGUCGAGAUCAACGAUUCCAAAAUACCUAUCCCGGGCCGACUACAGGAUCGCCGAAGCCCGUUGGGUGAGCUCAAUUGGAUAUUCACCGCCAUCACCGAUACUAUCGCUUGGAACACACUACCACGGGCGCUGUUCAAGAAGCUCUUCCGGCAGGAUCUGCUUGUUGCCGCAUUGUUCCGCAACUUCCUGCUCAGCGACCGAAUCAUGCGAGCAAACCAUUGCCAUCCUCAAUCAUCACCGCCAAUGCCUGAGACGCAUCACCAUCCACUCUGGCAGAGCUGGGAUUUGGCUGUCGACAACGUUCUGACACAGUUGCCUGCUUUGAUUGAGGCCGACAAUGGCAAGCGCUUGUAUGAGUAUGAGCAUUCGAACUUCUUCGCGGAGCAAUUGACUGCCUUCGAAGUCUACCUGAGCUCAGGCCCUACCAAAGACCAUGCUCCUGAUCAGCUUCCAAUCGUGUUGCAGGUGCUCCUUAGUCAGGUGCACAGAUUGCGCGCGCUGAUAUUGCUCAGCAAGUUCCUCGAUCUUGGACCUUGGGCUGUACAUUUAGCACUCAGUAUUGGCAUCUUUCCGUAUGUGCUGAAGUUGUUGCAAGCUGCCUCGAUAGAGCUGAAACCUGUCAUGGUGUUCAUCUGGGCGAGAAUCAUGGCGGUCGAUAGCUCUGUCCACGCUGAGCUACUGAAGGACAACGGCAUCCAUUACUUCGUCACCAUCAUGGUGCCUCAAUCCGAGUUGCCCGUUGCUAAUGCCAGCGAGCAUCGAGCUAUGUGCUCCUUUAUUGUGGCAACAUUCUGCAGAGGCUUUCCGCAAGGACAAACAGUGUGUCUACUGGUCGAGCUGGUCAAUUCGUGUCUCGAGAACAUGCUUGAGCCAGAGAAUCCGCUAUUGCGCCAGUGGUCCUGCUUGUGUCUCAGCACGUUGUGGGCCGAUUACACCGACGCGAAAUGGAUGGGCAUUCGGCAAGGCGCACAUCUCAGACUCUGCGAGCUUGCUGUCGACCCUGUGCCCGAAGUACGAGCAGCAAUGUUGCACACUUUGACCUCAUUCUUGGGAAUUCCAGAUCUCACCGAUCAGAUCGUACAGAUUGAGGAGGACAUCGCUGCAUCAGUGCUUUUCAUGACGGCUGACGGUAGCACUCUCGUACGGAAAGAGUUGCUCGUCUUCCUAUCUGUCUUCGUCAAGCGUCAUCAGAAUAAGUUUCUGAUUGCUGCUUUGGAGCAGCUGGAGCAAGAGGUCGAGUUGCAAAAGAGCCGCGGUUUCGCCGACAACGAGAAAAUCGAGUUUUACUCGUCAGGCAUGCUUUCCUCGAACACAAUUUACGGAUCGGUCUGGGCGCAGAUCGCGAUCAUGUCUGUGGAUCCGAACGUGGAAGUUUCCCGCAAUGCUACUGCUGUGGUAGACCAUGUCCAUGAUAUACUGGUCAAUUCUCCGUUACGAUCUAAGGCACUUUCAGCAAUCGACGAGCUUCUCCGACUGUCUAGACGUAAGGAAUCUCCAAUGAAACGCACGCCAUCUAUGGACUCGAUGCGGUCUCUCAAGACGCCUGUCCCUCGAACGCCUACGCCCCAAGUUGAGCGGACCAACAGCUACCUAUCUCUAGGCAGCUUGAAGCGCACGGCAAGCUCGCUUCGACAUCUUGCCUUCGGCACACCCACAGAUACCACCACCGCGGAAUCGACACCUGUCACAUCGCCUGCUAAGAGCAUCAAGCCGACCCAGCCAAAGCCGCCAGCUCAUACCCCGAGGGGCCAACUGCCGGCGGAAUGGAGUCAAGCCCCAACAACAGAAGACCAGUCCGCAAGCGGCUCUUACCACCAGUCACCAGUCCCAAGAUCUGCCGGAGCAAGGGCGGACAACACGAAAGAACAACUAGACAUUCCUCUGACCAGUAAACUCUUCGAAUGGUCAACUGAGUAUUUCCGCGAGCCUCAGAUGCGAGCUCAUGACCCUGAUGAGCCAGGAUCUGAAGACUACAACUCGCGACUGUGGCGUAGAACGCGCAACGAGAUCACUAUUGCCGACACUCAACCUCUCAAGAGCGUCGCGGGAUCUUCGAGAUGGACUCGCCUGGAGGCUUCUAUCAACAACAAUUCCCAGCCCAUGAACAUGACCUUCCACCAAUUCGACGACACUCUAGCCAUAACUGACGACAAAGACGGUGUCACUAUAUGGGACUGUGAGAAGAAGGAGCAGCUCAACCGCUUCUCAAACAACAAUCCCGAAGGCACACGGAUCAACGACGCGCGCUUUAUGAACGAAGACGACCACAACCCAUUGCUCAUGGUUGGCAGCAGCGACGGCGUGCUCAAGGUCUAUCGACAUUACAACGAUCCGGAGGAAGUCAGCGUCGUCGCUGCUUGGCGAGCCUUGACAGAACUCCUGCCCAGCAACCGCAAUGCGGGUCUCGUGUUUGACUGGCAGCAGGGCCAAGGCCGUGUGCUUGCCGCAGGCGACAUGAAGAUCAUCAAGAUCUGGAAUGCUGCGACAGAGCUCUGCGUUGCGGAUAUUCCUGCGCGAAGUGGCAGCUGCGUCACAAGCUUGACGAGCGACCAGGUUGCGGGCGACGUCUUUGUCGCUGGGUUCGGCGAUGGUGUCGUUAGAGUGUUCGACCAGAGAAUGCACGUCAAGUCCUCGAUGGUUAAGAUCUGGCGGGAGCAUCACCAGUGGGUCACGAAUGUGAAGAUGCAGCGAGGUGGUACGAGAGAACUGGUCAGCGCUAGUCGGAAUGGCGAGGUCAAGUUGUGGGAUCUGCGGAACGACAAGUCGAUCUUGAGCUUCAACGUCCUGGGCGAGCGACACUCCCCUGCUGCUACGGGCGCUGCUGGCGCUAUCAACGGUGAUGCUGUGGGUAGAGAUGUUACGCUGCGUACCCUUUCCGUGCAUGAGCAUGCGCCGGUAUUCGCGGUGGGCACCGAUAAGCGAGAGGUGAAGAGCUUCAGCACCACAGGACAAGGACUGGGAGUCUUUGACCCGAGUAGUGGAGGCGGCAAGGGGCUCGUGGGUAGUGUUGGGGGUGGGAGGAGAAGUAAUGCCAUCGUGGCAACAGCGUAUCAUCCGCAUAAGAUGGUGUUGGCUUGUGCUGGGUGGGGAAAUGGGAAUGUCAGUUUGGUCGGUUAUUGA